AUGAACGUCACAGCAAACCGUCGACAUGUCGGCCGUGGUGGUGGUGGGAAGGCAAUCCGUGUUGGCAAAGCGAAAGCCCGCAAUGGCGCGACGAAUGGUACGAAUGGAAGUAACGGGACCAACGGUGGUCCGACCGUACCCCAGAACGGGGGAAAUGCUGCUACGGCAGCUGCUGCUGCUUCUACUGCUGCAGCAAAGGAGAAGCCGCCGGACAAGGUCCAGGAGAGCUACGAGUCGGACUCGUCGGAUCAAGUGUCCUCGUCGGACGAGGAGGAACGGUGGAAGGAUUCGAAGCUGUCGAACGACGUCCCGUCCGAGUACUGGCACAUCCAGAAGCUGGUGAAGUACAUGAAGGCCGGCAACCAGACGGCCACCAUUGUCGCGCUCUGCUGUCUGAAGGAUCACGAUCUGACGACGCAGAUGAACCAGCGUGCCAUCCAGGACUGCGGCGGGUUGGAGGUGCUCGUCAAUCUGCUCGAAAGCAAUGACAUGAAGUGCAGACUGGGAGCGUUGUCCGUCCUGUCCGAGAUCUCGUCCAACCUGGAUAUUCGUCGUGCCAUUGUUGACCUAGGAGGUAUUCCGCUGCUGGUGCAGAUACUGUCGGAACCCGGGCGCGACCUCAAGAUCAUGGCGGCCGAAACGAUAGCGAACGUUGCGAAGGUGCGCUUAGCCCGGAAGCUCGUACGCAAGUGCAACGGCAUACCGCGGCUAGUAGAUCUGCUCGACGUGAACAUGAACUGUCUACGCUCGCAACGAGACCAGCUGUCAGAGGAGGAGCGAGAAAUGCUCGAUAUGGCUCGUGCCGGAGCACGUGCGCUCUGGUCGCUGUCUGAGUCGCGCCACAACAAAGAGCUGAUGUGCAAGAGCGGCAUCGUGCCACUGAUGGGACGGCUUCUGAAAAGCGUUCACAUCGACGUUGUCGUUCCGACUAUGGGUACCAUACAGCAGUGCGCCUCACAGGCCAACUACCAGCUGGCGAUCACGACCGAAGGGAUGAUCUUCGACAUCGUCUCCCACCUGACGUCCGACAACCUCGACUUGAAGCGACAGUGCAGCUCCGCCAUCUUCAAGUGUGCCAGCGAUAAGACAGCGAGCGAUAUGGUGCGAGAGUCGGGCGGACUUGAACCAUUGGUAGGGAUCGCUCGGGACAAGACGGUACGGGACAACAAGCAGCUGCUGGCCGCAGCUACUGGAGCGAUCUGGAAGUGUGCGGCGAGUGAGGCGAACGUGAAAAAGCUCGAUCAGUUGAAGGCGGUACAGGUGUUGGUGCAGCUGCUGAACGACGAGAACGAGGAGGUCCUGACGAAUGUGGUCGGUGCUAUAUCGGAGUGUGUCAAGUACCAGAAUAAUCGAGAGAUUCUGCGACAGUGUGGUGGUAUACCUUUGCUGGUUAAUCUGCUCAAUAUGACGCACGCACCCCUGCUGGAGAACAUUGCCCGCACACUGAAAGAGUGCGCAUCGGAUCCGGAGAGUAUGACACUGAUGGAGGAACUCGACGCAAUUCGUUUGAUUUGGUCACUGCUGAAGAACUCCAAUCCGAAGGUACAGGCAUACGCUGCAUGGGCUCUUUGUCCUUGCAUUGAAAACGCCAAGGACUCUGGAGAGCUUGUGAGAAGCUUUGUUGGAGCUCUGGAACUAGUAGUUGGGCUGUUAAAGUCUCGCGAUAACUUUGUCCUUUCGGCCGUUUGUGCUGCAAUAGCGACGAUUGCACGUGAUCGUGAAAAUCUUUCAGUUUUAUCAGAUCACAAAGUUAUACGAAUGUUGGCCGAUCUUGUGUACACCACGGAUGAUCUGCUGCGGGAACACCUGGCUGCCGCCAUUGCUAGUUGUGCCCCGUACUCCACAAACACGCAGGAGCUUGGUCGCUUGAAGACGGUUACUCCAAUUGUGGGUUAUAUGGUUAGUAACAAUCCUCGAGUUCAUCGGACAACUGCAAUGGCACUGCAAAAGUUGUCCGAGGAUCCUCAGAAUUGUAUCACGAUGCACCAGAGUGGCGUCGUUCCAUUCUUGUUGGAGACGGUCGGUUCCAAGGAUCGCGAGCUACAGGAAGCAUCUGCCGGUUGUCUACAGAACAUUCGCAAGCUAGCACUACGGGCAGAAGAGUUGGAACUUUGUGGAGAGUAGGCA